AUGGAGCCUCCUCUUGCUCUUCCAAAUCUUCCACCAGAUAUAAUCUUGGAGAUUUUAACCAGGACAUCGCUAAAGGGUAUUGGGCGAUUCAGGCUGGUUUCAAAGGAUUGGAACUUGAUCACGUACGGCUCAAGUUUCAUGCACCAGCAUCAUCAAAGAACAAAAACAUUAUCCGGAUUCUUCAUGCAAAGCAAGUCCGAGACCAAUCUCAUGCCCAACUUUAUCUCCAACAACAAUUUGGACACCGACUCUAGAUCUAACCUCUCCCUCCAAUUCUUGCCCGGUCGUGUCAGAAUCGAAACCGCCACCAAACAAGGUAUUUUAUUAUGCAUCGAUUGUUAUUCGAAAAAUAGACAAAAAAUACCUGAAUAUUAUUAUGUCUGCAAGCCUAGCACUAAGGAAUGGUGCAAGAUACCGAAUCCCAAACCCCGGUUCAAUAUUAUAGGAACCGGGAUGGUGGUACUCGGAUCGAAGCCUUUCCGCUACAAGAUAGUUCGAUUUUUGACACCUUCGGCGACUCCGUCCAUCGGCAACUACCAUUGCCGAUAUGAGAUUUUUGACUCCAAAACAUGUAUGUGGAGACAAUUAAAAGAUGUAAUAUCGUUGCCCCAAGGCAACUUCUUCAGAUUUGCAUCCGCAGUGUCGGUGUCCGACACGCUCUAUUGGCUUUUGACAAACGACAAUAACAAUGUUUUAGCGUUUAAUGUCACCACCGAGAGUUGGAGAGUUUUUGAGUUGCCUUUCCCUCUGUGCAACAGAAAAUAUUUUUGGUUCAGGAAGAUCGUGGACUACAAUGGCCGGCUUGCGAUGCUUUGCAUGAUAUCAAGAACGUCUAAUAUGCAGCUGUGGGUUAUGGAAGACCUUGGCACAAAAGUAUGGAGUCGGAGACAAACAAUUAGCAUUAAUCAACUGCCCCUUCCAAAGGAGGAACCGUAUUAUUUUCCUCACGCCUUUCUUAGCUCCGAUGUUCUGCUCUUAUUGGGUGGUCACACCGCCGUGUUAUACAAUUUUGAGACUUUUUCUUGCAUUGUAGGCAAGCGGUUGGAGUGUGGGGGUCACCAACAAAUCUUUCCCAUCUUUUCGGAUUUAGACAAAUUUUUGACAUGA